AUGGAUGUAAGUGGCAGAAUCCCGAGAAGGACACUCAUUCUUACGGGUCUGGCCACGAGUGUUUCAUUGCAGGGAUGCUCAUCCAUGAUCCCUACGCACGAGACAGGUUACUGGCAGAACAUGACCAGCUACUUGGAGAACUACAAGUUUGAAUCGCCUGGACUCGAAACGACACAGCUGAAUCCGUGUGCGCUGGACAUUCCCAGAUAUCUCCAGUGCAGCGGCCACGGUGAGUGCAAAGCGUGGACGCAAGAUCCGACGCGAGACGAUCUGCCGAAGGCGGCUGGCGAUGCCCCCAGAUUCUGCUAUUGCGCAGAGGGCUGGGCUGAUCCGAACUGCGAGACACCCAGAAAGUCACAGCGAGUGGCGUUUCUGCUCUCCCUCUUUGGUGGUGUCCUAGGCUUGGACCAGCUGUAUCUGGGUUUCUUCUUCCCCUACGGUCUUCUCAAGCUUCUAUCCCUUGGCGGCCUUGGCAUCUGGUGGAUCUACGACUUAGUGCGGAUCGGCACCAGCCCGGUCGAUACAGCACGCAGCUUCAAGGUGGCCAGAAAUGUGCCGCACUGGGCGUUUGUACUGUCCGCGACGAUUUUCUUUGUCGCCCUGGCUUUCGUCUACAGCGCUUUCUCCAUUCGCCGACAUCGGGUGCGAAAGCAGAGAGAGGUCAUGCUGCUUCAAUCAGAGGGCGCUGCAAUCGAGUCGCGACGACAAUAUUCAGGCUAUGGCUCAACGCUGAGCUGUCGGGGAGAUUGGGGCCGGGCGAAGGCGGUGAAGUUGAAAUGCGAGCUUCCUGAGGCCGCGCAGGCGGAUGCGGAGCUCCUGGAGGUCUCUGCAGAGACCGUCGAGGAGAGUGGAGAUGGCCAUCCUGAGCUGGAGCCCGAGGUGGAGGCUGAAGGCGCCGAGGCCGCCGAGGCCGCGAGCUCCAGCCGAUUUGGCGCUCUCCUCGGCUCCGCUUCGAGCCUGAGGAUGAAGGCCAGCCCCUUCUUGAGCAAGGCCCGGCAGGCCAUCGUCGAAGAGGCGAAGCUGGUGACGGAUGACGUUCGCGACAUUGCGGGCGGUGUCCGUGAGGGUAUGCAGCUCACGAAACAGGAUCUGCAAGCUCAAACCAAGAACUGGCGGAGUGCCAUCGGAGCUCGCUGGCGGAGCUUUGGUCAGGAAAAAGAGGAACGUAAGGGAUAUCCUCCAGAGACCAAAGAAGCGGAUGGUACAGGGGAGAGUCCUGCAAGUGGCCUUCAGGCAGUGCGCCAAAAUAUUGCAAUGACAGCAGACGUCUCCAAGGACAUGUGGAGAGAUGUCAAGGAGCUGAAGCAGGAGGUCAUGAGCGAGGUUCGGCACAGCGUCCAUGACCUUCGGCAAGUGGGCAAGCAGGAGAUGGAGGAUGUAGCCUUGUGA